AUCUUCAGGGUGCGCGGGGGCCCCUAGGUUUCAAACCUCCGCCGGCGCGGGGACUCCGCCAGCGCGGAGACUGGGAGUCCAGGGCUCCAACUCGGGGACCCGAGGCAGGCGACAGACAGCGGAAGGGCGGAUUCACCAGAGGCAGGAACUCCGUCCAGUGACUCACCCGAGGCGGUCAGACCCGGGGCAGGGGCGUCCCGAGGGCCUCGCAAGGCCCCCGUAAAAUCCCCAAGACGCGGCGCGCAGUGAGUGGGGAGUGGUUGGCCGGCAACCCGCGGCCGCGCACAGCUCCCGACAGCCACGAUGCCGCCCGCGACUGCGGUGACCACGGUCUCCCUCCGGGAGCUGGCGGACCUCUCCAUCGGCACCCCGGAGGUGGGCGCCGUCAACUUCACCGCGCUGCACACGCUCAUCGUGGCCAUGCUCAAAAACCUCGACCUCCAAAAUACCCAGAUCGACUUCCAGGCCCCGUCGCCCGAGCCCAGCCGCUCGCUGCAGUCCUCCCAGGGCUUGCUCAGCACCCCAAACCUGCCCGCGCCCAAGGAGGCGCCCCGGGAGAAGCGCAAGAGCGUGAGCCGGGCGCCCCCGUCGGCGCUGGAGACCCAGGUGAAGGACCUGGGCGGCCAGGUGGAGGAUCUGAGCAAGCAGCUCAAGCGCAUGGAUGGCCAGGUGCAGGGCAUCGCUACGCACGUGCAGCACUUCUCCCAGGCCACCGGGCUCCACUUGGACGUGCCAGAGUGGCUGGAGGAGCAGGAGGUGGGCGUGCGGGGGCUGGAUAGUGUGCGGACCGCCGAGGAGCUCAGCGUCGCCAGGGUGCUUUUACAGCGGGUUGAUGAACUAGAGAAGCAAUUCAAAGAUCGAGAACAAUUCCUGGAACUGGUCAGCCGGAAGCUCAGUUUGGCUCCUGGUGCAGAAGAAGUCACCAUGGUCACCUGGGAAGAGCUGGAGCAGGCGAUUACGGAUGGCUGGAGAGCCUCACAAGCGGGCUCAGAAACACUCAUGGGAUUUUCUAAGCGCAGAGGCUUCACCUCCUUAACGUCACCUGAUGCGACUCUAAGCGGAGCCACUACUAAGCAACCAAGUAUUGACCAGGCUCUGGAUUCUGCCAGGGGUCUUGGCCCAGAUCAGACUGCAUCAGGUUCUAGUGGCACAGCACACCCCUCUGAUGGGGUGACCGGUAGGGAACAAAGCAGGGUCCCCCCUGGUGCUGGUAGACAGCAGCAGCCGAGGGCCCAUGAUGAGGCUGACAUGCCACAACUCCGUCCAUCUUCCAUAUUCCGAUUCAAAUUAGACUCGGACCAUCAAAGGAGUAGAGAGAAGCUUACCUCGACACAUCCAAGAAAAGAUGAACAAGAUGCACGUCCUGGCCCAGCUCAACAGGACUUAACCUUGGCCAGUGGCCAGCCCAGCAGGGUGCCCACUAGCAAGAGUCAGGUCCGUGCAAGGCCAGAUCGCCAGGGGUUAGAACCAACUGGCAUGGAUCAGCCUGGACUCAUGCAUGCUGGCACUUACCCACAUGCUGUGGUACCCCUCAACAUGGGGCAGCUUGGUGUACUGCCACCUGAAAUGGAUGAUCAGGAACUGGUACCACUUGUCAUGGAUCAGAAAGGUAUGGUGCCACCAUCAGUACCUGGCAGAGACCAGCAAGGAUUGGAACUACCUAGCACAGACCGACAUGCUAUGGUUCCACUCAGCCCAUACCAGCCUGGUGUGACACUUCCUGGCACAGACCAACGUGGUAUGGAACCACUUGUCACAGAUCGGCAUGGAUUUGUAAUAUCAGUCACAGGUCGGCAAGGACUGGUACCCCCUGGUAUGAACCAGCAAGGAUUGGUAUGGCCUGGCAUAGAUCAACAUGGACUGGUUCCACCUUUUACAGACCAGCAUGAUUUGGUACCACCUGGUUUGAUACCAAUUAGUGCAGAUCAGCAAGGUUUUGUGCAGCCCAGUUUGGAAGCAACUGGCUUCAUACAACCUGGCACAGAGCAGCAUGAUUUGAUCCAGUCUGGCAGAUUUCAGCAUGGUUUGGGGCAGCCUGGUGCAUAUCUGCCCGGCUUGGUCCAACUUGGUGCAGAUCAGCGUGGUUUGGUCUGGCCUGGAAUGGAUCAAUCUGGUUUGGUCCAGCCUGGCACAGGUCAGCGUGGUUUGGUCCAGUCUGGUGCAGGUCAGGGUGGUUUGGUACAGCCUGGUGUAGAUCAGCCUGACAUGGUCCAACCUGGUACAGAUCAGAUUGAUGUAGUACAGACUGGUGCAUAUCCACCUGAUUUAGUCCACCCUGGCAUGGAUCAGCAUGGUCUGGUACAACCUGGUACAUUUCCUAGUGGCUGGAUACAGCCUGAUGUGUAUCUACCUGGACUGGUACAGCCUGGUACAUAUCCACAUGAUUUGGUACAGCCUGGUGCAGAUCCACGUGGUUUGGUCCAACCUGGAAUAGAUCAGCGUGGUUUGGCUCAGCUAGGAGUCGAUCAAAAUGGUUUUGUGCAGCCUGGCACAGAUCAGUUUGGUUUGUUCCAGCCUGGUACAGAUCAGUAUGAUGUGACCCAACCUGGAGGUCAGCGUGACUUAGCAGCACAAGCUGGUGCAGUUCGGCCUGGUUUGGCACAAGCUGUUGCAGUUCGGCCUGGUUUGGCACAAGCUGGUGUAGUUCGGCCCGGUUUGGCACAAGCUGGUGCAGUUCAGCCCGGCUUGGCACAAGCUGGUGCAGUUCGGCCUGGUUUGGCACAAGCUGUUGCAGUUCGGCCUGGUUUGGCACAACCUGGUGCAGUUCGGCCUGGUUUGGCCCAACGUGGAGUGGAUCAGCAUGGUUUGGUGCAACGUGGUACAGUUCAGCCUGGUUUGGCCCAACCUGGUGCAGUUCGUCCUGGUUUGGUCCAACGUGGAGUAGAUCAACGUGGUUUGGUAGAACGUGGUACAGUUCAGCCUGGUUUGGACCAACCUGGUGCAGUUCAGCCUCGUUUGGUCCAACCUGGAGUGGAUCAGCCUGGUUUGGCACAACCUGGUGCAGUUCAACCUGGUUUGGCACAACCUGGAGUGGAUCACCAUGGUUUGGCACAACCUGGUGCAGUCCAGCCUCGUUUGGUCCAGCCUGGUGCAAGUCAACUUGGUAUGGUGCAGCCUGGAAUAGAUCAGCAAGGUUUGGUGCAACCUCAGGCAGAUCCACGUGACUUGGUACAACCUGGUGCCUAUCCUCCUGGUUUGGUACAACCUGGUCCAGAUCGUCGUGGUUCAGUACAACCUGGUGCAUAUUUGCAUGAUUUGUUUCAACCUGGGACAUACCCACGUGGUCUGGUGCAGCCUGCAAUGGAUCAGUAUGGUUUGAGACAACCUGGUGCAUAUCAUCCAGGCUCGAUAGCACCAGGCACAGAGCUUCGCCGCUCUUCAGCAUUCCAGGUGGAUUCUACAGGUUUUAUAUCAGCACAUCCAUAUCCACAUGGUGUGGUACCUCCUAGCAGAGAACAACACGGCCAGAUGUCACCACUCCUAGCCAGUCAAGGUUUGGCAUCACCUGGUAUAGACCGAAGGAGUUUUGUACCACAAGAAACUUAUCAGCAAGGUUUGAUGCAUCCUGGCACUCUGAUAAACCAGCGUGGCCCAACACCAGUGAGCACAGGCUUGGAAUCUACACGCCCAGAUCAACAGCAUUUGACAUCACCUGGCCCAGGUGAGCAUGACCAGGUACACCCAGAUGCAGCUCAGCGCAGCCGUGCUUUCUCUCUCGCAGACAGCCGUGAUUCAAUGCAUCCUGGCUGUGGUGGCCCAAGGGACCUAAGUGCUGAUCAGCAUAGCCAGGAAGGUUUGGACCCAAUUAGAACACAAGCCUCAGACCAGCCUGGAAUUCCUGCACAGAUGGCCCCAGGCCAAGAUAUCACCCUUUUCAGGAGUCCAGACUCCCUCGGCCGAGUGUCAUCAGAAAGGAGCCAAGUCUUGAGUGAGGUCCCGAGUGAGCACCGUGAUUCACUGAGCUCUAGUUUCCCCGCGGCAGUGGAAACGCUUCGUCUGAUGGGAGAGCUCAGCGGCCUCUAUCUGGAGCUAAAGGAGAGUAUGAAGGAUCUGGAUGAGGAGGAGACCGGCCAAACCGAGAUAGGGAUACAGCUCCUGCUGGCGAAGAUGGUCAAAAAGAUCAUCCCUCCUGACCUGCAGGAACAGCUGAAGAUUGUAAAGACUUUAGCCAAAGAAGUUCGGCAGGAAAAAGCAAAAGUGGAAAGGCUGCAAAGGAUCCUGGAGGGGGAACCAGGGAAGGAACUGAGAGCUGGUGACCUGAGCUUGCAGCUGGGUGUCCUCAGAGUCACCGUGACUGACAUUGAGAAGGAGCUGGCCGAGCUGAGGGAGAGCCAAGAGAUGGGCAAGGCCGCCAUGGAAAAUUCUGUCUCUGAAGCCUCCCUUUACCUGCAGGACCAGUUGAACAAGCUCAGGACGAUCAUCGAGAGCAUGCUGGCCUCCUCCUCCACACUCCUGUCCAUGAGCAUGGCCCCGCACAAGGCCUACACCUUGGAUCCUGGCCAGAUUGACCCUGAGGCCACCUGUCCAGCCUGCAGCCUGGACGUGAGCCAUCAGGUCAGCACACUGGUACAGCGCUACGAGCAGCUCCAGGACAUGGUCAACAGACUAGUGGUCUCCCGGCCCUCCAAGAAGGCCAAGCUCCAGAGACAGGACGAGGAGCUGCUGGGCCGCGUGCAGAGUGCCAUCCUGCAGGUGCAGGGCGACUGUGAGAAGCUCAACAUCACUACCAGCAACCUCAUCGAGGACCAUCGGCAGAAGCAGAAGGACAUUGCUAUGCUGUACCAGGGUCUGGAGAAGCUGGAAAAGGAAAAGGCCAACAGGGAGCACCUGGAGAUGGAGAUCGAUGUGAAAGCCAACAAGAGUGCUCUGGCCACCAAAGUGAGCCGUACCCAGUUUGAUGCCACCACAGAGCAGCUGAACCACAUGAUGCAGGAGCUGGUGGCCAAGAUGAGUGGGCAGGAGCAGGACUGGCAGAAGAUUCUGGACAAGCUGCUCACAGAGAUGGACACCAAGCUGGACCGCCUGGAGCUAGACCCACUGAAGCAGCUGCUGGAGGAUCGGUGGAAAUCGCUGAGACAGCAGCUCAGAGAGCGCCCCCCGCUCUACCAGGCAGACGAGGCGGCCGCCAUGCGGAGGCAGCUUCUGGCACAUUUCCACUGCCUCUCAUGUGACCGGCCCUUGGAGACAACUGUGACCGGACAAGCCAUCUCCGUGACCCCUGCAGGUCCGGGCCUACCCGGGCACUGUUCCAUCCGCCCCUACACAGUAUUUGAACUGGAGCAGAUCCGGCAGCAUAGCCGCAACCUCAGGCUGGGCACUGCCUUCCAUCGGGGUGACCUGGAGCAGAUGGAGCAGAGUGUGAGGCGCCUGCGCUCCAUGCACUCCAAGAUGCUGAUGAACAUCGAGAAGGUGCAGAUCCACUUCGGAGGCUCCACGAAGGCCAGCAGCCAGGUCAUCCGAGAGCUGCUGAAGGCCCAGUGCCUCAGCUCCCCGUGCUACAAACGGGUGACAGAUAUGGCCAAUUACACCUACUCGACUGUGCCCCGGCCCUGCGGGGGCAGCCACACCCUCACCUACCCCUACCACCGCCGCCUACAGCACCUGCCCCGGGGUCUGUAUCCCACCGAAGAGAUCCAGAUUGCCAUGAAGCAUGAUGAGGUGGACAUCUUGGGCCUAGAUGGCCACAUUUACAAGGGACGGAUGGACACAAGGCUGCCAGGCAUCUGCAGCAAAGACAGCUCAGGGAUCUCAAAGCACAAGUCCAGGCAGCCCCGGCCAAAUGUGCACAGGCAGCCAUCCCUCAACUCCAGUGGCCAGCUCUCCUCUCGGCCUCAGAGCGCCCAGAUGUCGGCUGACAACACCCCAGGUUUUUUGCGUCAACAGAAAGGCAGACCUUCCUCUGACGGGCAUCUCCCCCUGCUGAACACAGCGCACCCACUCAGCCCUGCCAAGGUGGCAAACGGGGAGUCAGAGAGGUUCGUGGACAUGCUUCCUGGGGAGGGGCUUGAGGAGCCCACCCAGGGGCCUCGGUCCUCCAAUGCUCAGUGAGCAGAGGUGUAAAUAAACGUUCAGGAGGAAGCUUUGGUGUGGUGAAUCUUCUCUGACAGGAAG